AAAGAACAAGAAUCGAGCGCGAAGAAAUCAAAUUGGUUUACACUAGCUCGUGAAAAAGAUAUUGGAUAGUGAACUUGUUCCGUGUUGACCAAUAAUAGUCGUUAACUGUCGUACUUACAGGCGCGCGCUGCAAAUGUAUUGGAGUUUAUGCUCUUUGGCCUGCUUGUGUAUAUUUUAACGAAAUUGCUGAGUCAACUGUGAGUCAUUCUGGAUAAUUUACGUGACAAAAGUCAAUCCUGGAUCUCCUUCGUCUUCAUCCUUUAAAUACCCUAGUUUUAUUGAGACCUGUUACGUACAUACGCUGCCAACGCAAUUACGACAUUAACAGUUCUGUUCUUGACGAAAGACCUAGAAAAAAUAUUCAAAGAAAACGUAGUUGGCUAAGAUGGGCGUGAAGAAGAUCUGUAGGUUAACCGGAAAGUUGGGGAAGAUGAUAGAGCACUAUAGUAAAUUCACCCCGGUCUCCUUGAGUUUAAAAAACCUUCUAUUAUUUGGUGAAACUGCGCCAGCCUCCAAGUCGUUCAGUUUCUUGAAAUAUGAACUCCCAGUUCGCUUAGGGAACAUCAUGCAGGAGAUUCAUCUUUUACCUGACAUUUUAAAGAAGUCGAAAACUAUCCAACAGAUAUAUUUAUUGUAUGAGGAGACUUUUAACAGACUUAUCGAGUACGAAGGUUGUUCAACAAAAUCUUCUACUCUAUCCAGAUUUACCGACGAUGUUGAUCUUAUCUUACAAAAGCAUUCAAGGGUAGUUGAAAUAAUGGCAUUGGGUAUCAAAAGCAUUCAGAAUAGUAAAUCGUGGUCUGAGUCGCAAGAGUUACAGCUACAGUAUUUUCUGGAUCGUUUUUACGUGAGUAGAAUUGGUAUUCGGACUUUACUGAACCAGCACUUCAUGCUAUAUGGACCCACACUCUGCGACAUAAAAUCCCAUGUUGGGGGCAUCGAUCCAGAUUGUAGCCCAGUUCAAAUCGCAGUAAAUGCAUAUAAUUACUCCAGAUUACUGUGUAUGCAGGCGUAUGGUCGUGCGCCCGGAUGUGACAUUGAAAUUUAUGAUCGUGUAGAUAAAGAGUGUACAUCUAGUAAUUCCAACAUAAUUAAUUUUCAUGUGGAUGCAGCCGGUUAUGCAUCGACCAAAUCUUAUCUUUUGGACAACCAAAUGAAUUGCGCGGAUUUGUCUGUGAAAGGGAAAGACAUAACAUUUUGCUAUAUACCUGGUCAUUUGUUUUAUAUACUGUAUGAAUUAUUGAAAAAUUCGAUGAGAGCUGUUACCGAAAAUCAUACUAAUGAUGUGCAUUUGCCAAGAAUAAACAUUCUUAUCUGCAACGGACUUGAAGAUAUUGUUAUUAAGGUUACAGAUUUUGGUGGAGGAAUGGCGCUAAAUAUGGUUGAAAAAACAUUUCGAUACAAUUUUACAACAGCUGUUCAUCCUGCAAACUCACAUCCUACUGUACUAAAUUUCGGGGACAAUUAUGCAACGAAUCAAUCAGUCAAUCAGAUUAAAGCAAAUGAUCGAAUGACAUAUGAAGUUGAAUCAGAACGUAAUGCUUGUUCAGGUAUUGCUGGAAGAGGACAUGGUUUACCAUUAAGUAGACUGUAUGCUAGAUAUUUAGGUGGUAAUUUAAAUUUGCAUUCUGUUGAAGGUGUAGGUACAUCAGCAUUGGUUUACUUGAAAAGAAAGUCACAAGAUGCUUAUGAACUGAUUCCACUAUUUAAUCGUACAUCAAAAUCUUUCUAUGAAAAUAGUGUACAACGACGUGAUUGGGUUUCUAAUUCUCAGAGAACCGUACUUGAACCAUCUACUACAAUUCAGUAAUGAAUCAUCCUUUUCUUUCCUGUGAUUUUUUUUAAAAUUGUUUAUAUAUAUAUUUUUCCCUAAUUUAUUUAAGAAAUCUCAUCAUUUCACGGCGAAUAUAAACCAACUAAAUUCUGUCUUUCAUAAAUCAUAUUUUAUUGCUAUCAUAUAAAUGUCUCAUCGGCAUAUGUAUCUAUUAAAAAUUGUAAAACAUAACGGAAAUGUAAACAAAACGUAACAAAGUAUUUAAUUUCUGUACUGUUUACGUUUUAAAUACAUUUUUUGUUUGUUUGUA